GCAAGAUGGCGGCGCCCAGGCCUCCGCCCGGCCGGCUGUCGGGCGUCCUGGUGCCGGCGCCCAUCCCGGACCUGGAGGCCCUCCGCGCGCUCACCGGGCUCUUCAAGGAGCAGCGGAACCGAGAAACAGCACCCAGAACGAUCUUCCAGAGAGUCCUGGACAUCUUGGAGAAGUCCUCUCGUGCUGUUAAGCUGGCCUGCAGGGACCCGUCCCAAGUGGAGCAUCUUGCUUCCAGCCUGCAGCUGAUCACGGAAUGCUUCCGGUGCCUCCGGAAUGCUUGUAUAGAGUGCUCUGUGAACCAGAAUUCAAUCAGGGACCUGGAUACAAUUAGUGUUGCUGUUGAUUUGAUUCUUCUGUUUCGUGAACUGCGAGUGGAGCAGGAUUCCCUGUUGACAGCUUUUCGCUGUGGCCUGCAGUUUUUAGGCAACAUUGCCUCACGGAAUGAAGAUUCCCAGUCCAUUGUUUGGAUCCAUGCCUUCCCAGAGCUCUUCAUGUCUUGCUUAAAUCAUCCAGACAAGAAAAUUGUCGCCUACUCUUCAAUGAUUUUGUUCACAUGUCUUAAUCCUAGAAGAAUGAAGGACCUGGAAGAAAAUCUUAAUAUUGCAAUUAAUGUCAUAGAAGCUCACCAAAAGCAGCCAGAGUCAGAGUGGCUGUUCUUAAUCGUCACAGACCACUUUCUGAAAAGCCCGGAACUGGUGCAAGCCAUGUAUGCCAAGCUCAGCAGUCAAGAAAGGGUCACCUUCUUAGACAUUAUGAUAGCCAAGAUGGUGGGCGAUGAGCAGCUGACCAAGAAUGAUGUCCCUCUAUUUUUGCAGUAUGCUGAGCUGAUUGCAAGCUCCUUUAUGGAUCAGUGCAAGACUGUGCUGAAAUUGACCUCGGAGCAGCAUGCUGAGGAUGAGGAUGCACUGGCUACAAUCCGGCUUCUGGAUGUCCUGUGUGAAAUGACAGCCAACACAGAGCUGCUUGGCUUCCUACAGGCUUUUCCUGACCUGCUGGAACGGGUGAUUGAUCUUUUACGAAUGAUUCAUGUAACUGGAAAAGAUACUUCAAACAUCUUCAGUGCCUCUGGUUGCAUAAAAGCAGAAGGUGACAUCUCCAAUAUGGCUGAGGGAUUUAAAUCUCAUCUUAUUCGCCUGAUUGGAAAUCUGUGUUACAAGAAUAAAGAAAAUCAAGACAAAGUGAAUGAGCUGGAUGGCAUUCCCCUGAUCCUCGACAGCUGCCACAUCGAUGACAGUAACCCCUUUCUUAUGCAGUGGGUGGUGUAUGCCAUCCGAAACCUGACUGAAGACAACAGCCAAAACCAAGAUGUGAUUGCAAAAAUGGAGGACCAGGGACUGGCAGAUGCAUCCCUGCUGAAGAAAAUGGGUUUUGAAGUUGAAAAAAGAGGGGAGAGGCUGAUUCUAAAGUGUACUAGUGAUCCCCCACCGCUGUGAAUGCCUCCUCAGCAGAGCAACUCGGCAGCACGUGAAGUGACAAGCUUGUGAAGAUGUAGUACUGGUUCUGGACUUGGACCCUUAGACAUUAGCGCUUGAUACAUGUAAGCUAUAAGCAGAAGUCCCCAAGUGUCCCCAUUUCCUUGCAGUGACUGUAACUGUCUGGCCUGCUUUUGUCGCCCUGGACAGAUUGUGUAUCCUUUGAUCUACAUUGUUCUUACUGUUGUGGCAGAUAAUAAACCUUGCCAAGGGUACAGCCCUUAUUUGGCAAAGACUAUGA